AUGAAGGCUAUGAGAGGCGAGGAGGAAGAGGACAACUCCAGCCAAAGGUGCCACCACAUCGUGUCAAUACUUCCAGCCAAAGGUGCCACCAUCGUGUCACCAGCCAAAGGUGCCACCCACAUCGUGUCACUCCAGCCAAAGGUGCCACCACAUCGUGUCACUCCAGCCAAAGGUGCCACCAAUAUCGUGUCACUUCCAGCCAAAGGUGCCACCACAUCGUGUCACUCCAGCCAAAGGUGCCACCACAUCGUGUCACUCCAGCCAAAGGUGCCACCACUUCGUGUCACUCCAGCCAAAGGUGCCACCACAUCGUGUCACCCAGCCAAAGGUGCCACCACAUCGUGUCAUUUCCAGCCAAAGGUGCCACCACUUCGUGUCACCCAGCCAAAGCGUGCCACCACUUCGUGUCACUCCAGCCAAAGGUGCCACCACAUCGUGUCACUCCAGCCAAAGGUGCCACCACAUCGUGCUCCAGCCAAAGGUGCCACCACUUCUCGUGCUCUACUCCAGCCAAAGCCAAAGGUGCCACCACUUCGUGUCACUUCCAGCCAAAGGUGCCACCUCAUCGUGUCACUCCAGCCAAAGGUGCCACCACAUCGUGUCACUCCAGCCAAAGGUGCCACCACUUGUGUCACCCAGCCAAAGGUGCCACCACUUCGUGUCACCCAGCCAAAGGUGCCACCACAUCGUGUCAUUUCCAGCCAAAGUUGGGUGUGCUACUCACUCUGUGUCACUCCGCAGCCAAAGGUGCCACCACAUCGUGUCACUCCAGCCAAGGUGCCACCACUCUGUGUCACCCAGCCAAAGGUGCCACCACAUCAAAGUGUCACCCAGCCAAGGUGCCACCACAUCGUGCUCCAGCCAAAGCUGGGGUGCCACCACUUCGUGUCACUCCAGCUCAAAGGUGCCACCUCACAUCGUGUCACCCAGCCAAAGCCAAAGGUGCCACCACAUCGUGUCACUCCAGCCAAAAGCCACCCACUUCGUGUCACUCCAGCCAAAGGUGCCACCACAUCGUGUCACCUGGUGCCGCUGUGCCACCACAUCGUGUCACUCCAGCCAAGCUGGGUGCCACCACUCUUCUGUGUCACCCAGCCAAAGGUGCUACCACAUCGUGUCACUCCAGCCAAGGUGCCACUCACUUCAGUCACCCAGCCAAAGCAGCCACCACAUCGUGUCACCCAGCCAAAGGUGCCACCACAUCGUGUCACCCAGCCAAAGGUGCCACCACAUCGUGUCACCCAGCCAAAGGUGCCACCACAUCGUGUCACCCAGCCAAAGGUGCCACCACAUCGUGUCACCCAGCCAAAGGUGCCACCACAUCGUGUCACCCAGCCAAAGGUGCCACCACAUCGUGUCACCCAGCCAAAGGUGCCACCACAUCGUGUCACCCAGCCAAAGGUGCCACCACAUCGUGUCACCCAGCCAAAGGUGCCACCACAUCGUGUCACCCAGCCAAAGGUGCCACCAGAGGAUGGAAGUGGCAGGCAUCGUUGCUUUAGGCUAGACGGGAUAUAA